AAACAAAAUUCAAGCGAGGACACCCCAGUCGCUUCUGACAAACUUCAACCAAAAUUCAGCGAGGACAUCCCAGUCGCUUGUUCUCACAAACUCAAAACAAAAUUCGAGCGAGGACACCCGAGUCGCUUUUCAGAAACUCAAAACAAAUUUGAGCGAGGACACCCAAGUCGCUUCUCACAAACUUCAAACAAAUUAAUGCGACCCUAGCCGCUUCCGGCAAACUCAAAACAAUGCUCAAGCGAGGACACCCCAGUCGCUCAGUUCUGUAA